AAAGGACGAGACUUACUUUGAAAGUACAUACUACAAAAAUGUCUCAUCUAAGUGAGCAAGAAUUGGUCGAUAUGGCAAAAUUAGCCGAGCAAGCCGAAAGGUACGAUGAUAUGGUAAAAUUUAUGAAAGAACUUACUGUGAAGAGUAAAAAACUAAGUGAUGAGCAUCGUAAUCUGCUUUCUGUGGCUUUCAAGAACGUAGUUGGAGCUAGAAGAUCAGCAUGGAGAAUAAUAUCAAGUAUAGAAUCAAAACAGGACGAGAAAGGAGAUUCGACUGAAUUAACUACAAAGUACAAAAAAGAGAUUGAACAUGAACUUCAGGAAAGAUGCAGAGAAGUUCUUGACUUAUUAGACAACCAUCUAUUAGUUGAAGUGGAUUCAGGAUGUAAUGGUGAAAAUGGAAAUUAUGAGGGCAAAGUUUUUUAUCAGAAAAUGAAAGGUGAUUAUUACAGAUAUUUAGUAGAAGUUUCUAGUAAUGAAAAGAGAAAUGAAUUGGCUGCAAAAUCUCAACAGGCUUAUGAUGAAGCAACAAAAACUGCAGAGAAGUUACCUAACACUCAUCCUAUAAGCUUGGGUUUGGCACUCAAUUUUUCAGUUUUUCACUAUGAAAUAAUGAAUGAUAGCCCUAAAGCAUGUGCUUUAGCCAAAAAAGCUUUUGAUGGUGCUAUUGCUGAGCUUGAUAGUCUAAAAGAAGAAUCAUACAAAGACAGCACAUUAAUUAUGCAACUCUUGAGAGACAAUUUAACUCUAUGGACAUCUGAAACUGAGCAAGAUGAACAAAACGAAUAAAAAUAAACUACUUAUAUCUAAAAAUCAGCCAUAUUCUUGUUGAAACAAAUAAAGUCCUUUAAGGUUACUUAGAUUCAUCUCGUUUUCUUGUUUCUUUUACGCCACCUACAUUUUAAACAUCCAUAUAAUCGUCCAAGUGUGGAGAUAUUGGGAAUUAGUUCAGUUAUUUUCUAUUUAAGCAAAAAUUCAAUGGACCUGUUUUUCGCUGUUUAACUUAUAGUUUUUUAUAUAUAUUUCUGUAUUACUAUCAAUUUUUUAUGUUUCCUUGAAUUUAGCUGUCAUUUUAAGGGUAUUUUUUGUUUCUAGAGAUUAAUAACACCAAUUUUAAAUAAGAUUAAAGAAAAUGUUUUGUUUUUUUGCAUAAUCUUGUAAUUUUGGUAUUAACUCAUGAAAUGGAGAUAAUUGAAAACUGGAGUUUAGUUUUGUAUUCAAUUUUUAAGUUUUUAUAUUGGAAAGCUCAUAAUACUGGUUAAAUUUUUUUUGUUAAUGCAAUUCACUUAAUGUUAUAGAAGUUACUUCUGUGUGCAAUUUUUAGAGACAGUUAUUCUGAAUGUUAUUGAGAUGGACUAGUACUCUUUAUUUUACCAAUGUAGCUAAAGUAAAAUGGAAUAGACACUUAAAGCUGUGAUGUGUUUAUUCAGCUCUUUGUUAAUAGUAUUUUGUUUUUAUGUACAUAAAAUCUGCUAAUAUUACUUUUUGACAUUAUUUUUAAAUAGAGGUUUGCAUUAAAACAAUUUAAAAUUUUCUUUCAUUGU